UUAUUUAUUUAUUAGCACAACACGUUAAGGAACUGCCUCGGUGACGUCACGCGGAGAGGCUAGCAGCCAGCCAAUCAGCGUCGAGGGUCAAGGGGCGGGUAGUAUUGGCGGGAGAUUGAGAAACCCCGGGAAACUAAGGAAGACGCUCCCGGGAUCCCUGGGGCGGGGAGAUUUCUCAGAUACCUCAUUUGCAUACGUUAAUUCCCGGGUCCUGCGGGUGCUGAGAGAAGCCCCCUCGGGAAGAGAAAGAGCUGCGUCCUCACCUGCGGAACAGAAGCAAAGGCCCCGGGCAUCUCAUCCCGAGGGAGUAAGAAGCGGAAGCAGGGGGAAAAGAAACCCAUUUCUCUCCCCCCCCCAACCAGGUGGGACUCGGGAUGGGAAAGCCCCAUAAGCGGAAAUGAAAACCUGAGCAAAUGAGGGUGACUCACUGAAUCCUUGGAAAUGGCUCCAGUCAAAAUCAAAUACGUUGUGUCUUUCACAUUUCAGGAUCCCAAGUCCCCGGUGGAGAACCUGCUGCUUGAAGAAGGGGUUCGGCCCUGGCUCAGCUGUCCCCAGGACCGGAGCAGGCAGCUGAAAGCAGAGCUGCAGUUGGAACACGCAAGCCGCAUUGGCUACAUUGAUGUUGGGAACUGUGGCUCUGCCUUCCUUCAGAUAGAUGUGGGGCGAUCCUCCUGGCCUCUGGACCAGAGUUACCUCACUCUGUUGCCCACCACAGCCCUGAUGAUGCCCGCUGAUGCAAAGCUGGAUAAGAAUCGUUCUGCAGUCCGGAUGUUUAAAGAAGGAGACUUCCUGGCUUCAGCCCUAGGCGAGAAGUGGGAUCGUAUCAGACUCACUUGUAGCCAGCCUUUCAACAAGCGCACGCAGUUCGGUCUCUCCUUCAUCCGGAUCCGCACUCCGCAGGACACAGACGACAGCAAGUCAGACCCAGUCUCUAUUCCUAGUCAGGCUCCUUCUGAGUCCAGCAGCAGCCCAUGGCUCUCCAAUGCAGCCUUUUGCAGGACGUUCUUCUCAGAGGCGCCAUCGAGCACCGAGCAGGAAGCGGCGCUAAAAAGCCGGCUGCAGCAGCUGGACCCAGCCUCCAGCCCUGGUGCCUGGAUGAGCCGCCCGGCCAGGAUGGUGCUGCACGGGGCCUGUGCCCGCAAAAGAGCCUUCCCCCCGGUGCCUGGCUACACCCCUCCUCCUGCAGAGAGCAAAGAGGACGGGCAGAGCCAGCAUGAAGCUCAGGAGCCAGUUGUGUCGCGGCCCAAGCAGGAAUCGUCUGCCAGAAGAGGGGGCACGAAAUCAAGUCGAAGACGGGCAUCAUGCAGCAACCUGACGAGGUCUGCAGCGGCUUCUUCUGUCAAGCGUGGGGAUAAUUCUCGAAGGGAGAGAAGAGCCCCUGGCCAGCAGGGAAGACGGAGGAACAUGGGAGGUGAAGAGGAGGAAGAGGAAGAGAGGUGGCCUCGAAAGAGAGAGGCGGGGUUGGGUGUGUGCCCCAUCUGUGAGGGUCAUUUCCCCGCCAAUCUCUUACCAGCCCAUGCCUCCAGCUGUGGAGAAGAGGAUUUUGAAGCGAGCUCUUCCUCCUCGCCUUCAUCGCCGUGGGAAGAGCUUGUUGCAGACUGCGCCCACUGCCCCAUCUGCCAGUUCAGUUUUCCCGCUGCUGAGAUUGAGAGACACGCCAGCAACUGCGGGGAGCCGGAUGAGGCCCUGGGGAACAGACCCUCCUGGCUUUGGGCAGAACAGGGCGAGUAGAUGGGGGGCAAGUGCCCCAGGGCAGGCGGCCUUCGCUGGUCAAGCCUUUAACCAUUCAGUCGCACGUUUGGUGGUCAGCUGGGAUCAGGAUGUAGCCAGAACAAGGAGCCCGCAAAGGACACACAGUGCUGCCACAGGGGUGGAAGUGAGACUAACAAGAAGAGAGUAAGAACUCCAGUAAUUGGGGAGAGGAACAUGUUAUUUGGGUUACUCUCCCUCUGGUCUGAUUCUUCUCACCAACAUCAGCACACGCCAGAUCGCUGGGGCUCAUCCUGAUUCGAUGCUGUAGUUCACGGCCAAGACUGUCGGAAAGAUUCCUCAGAAAGGCGGCUUUCUUCCCCGCUCACCUUCUCCUCUCCCUCAAGGAAGCUGAGGGGCGGGCACUGCACAAGCCCAUACUGGUCUCUUUCCCGUACAGACCAGCAGCACGAAAACCGAAGACUGAAUUAAAUGUUUGAAACGCUUGCCAGACUCCAAACUCCUGUCCCCCCUGGCUGGGGCCCCUGGGAGCUGUAAGUUCUGCAACAUGUGGAGGCCACAGGUUCAGGGCCAUUUGGACCAAGGGGCCAGUUGUAGGAAUAUGCCGCUGACAAUCUUUGUUGUUAAAAAUUGGGGAUUUUUCUGAAAAGUUGUGUUGCGUGUCGCUGA